UGACGAAGCCGUGAUGAAAGGUUAUCAGUGAGGAAUAUAUAACAUAAAGUUGUACACACCGAUUUAUUGCAUCACAAGCCUCAUUUCUACUUACUGCUACUACCCAGCGACACGAGUCCAUGAUAGUGUGACCUUUGGACGCUGAACUUUACGACAAUGGAUGCCUUACGGACAUGCGUGUUUGUGGGGCUCUUUGUAACCUACUUCUACUCGACAUGGUAUGACUACACGUACACAAAAGUCGGGACAGAGCUCUAUGGCGGAAAGUUCAAGUUUCUCACAUUCUGGAAUGCGUUGCUACAGACGUUCUACUACGGCCUGUGUGCUGCCACUGCCGUCAUGGGGAGUACAGGAGCACCAAGCAGGGAUCCCCGGAAACGGCCAGCUCUUCAGAAGUUCCGAGACUUCCUGCACAACACCCUUGUUUUCCCAGUGGGAACUUUUGUGGUUGUAACAUUUUGGGCAAUCUAUGCAGUGGACAGAGAGCUUGUGUUUCCCAAGGCUCUUGACAAGUUUAUACCUCCCUGGUUGAAUCAUGUCAUGCACACCUUCAUCCUGCCAAUCCUGCUGAUGGAUAAAUACCUCAACUAUCACCAUAUACCGAAGAGAAGGAAUGGCAUUUUGGGCCUUCUUGCAUUUGGUUUGGUAUAUCUCCUAUGGAUCCUGUGGAUUGCCUACUAUGCCAACGUGUGGGUGUACCCUAUACUGAAAGUCCUGGAGACCCAUCAGAGGAUCAUCUUCUUUGCCUUCCUUCUCAUGCUCUUCGUUAGUUUAUACCUAGUUGGAGAGGGACUCACCAAAUUUCUGUGGCGGAAAGAAAUGGGAGCAGUUUUAGCAGCUAAGACAACAAAAUCAAGCAAGUCAACUAAGAAGAAGAAUCGUUGACAAUAUUUGUAGUUAGGAUUUCAUUGUCAUCUCGAUCAUCAAAUAGAGUUCACAUGUCAGUUCUACAUAUGUGCGAUGUUACUAUCCAAGUCAUUGAUUUCUUUGAUUCUGAUUUUUGGUCACAUGUGAGGUAUGUUAUUCUUAUAAUUAUGUUUACUUGAAGACUAAUUAUUAUUAGUGCAGAAAUAUGUUUCAUAAAACAAGGGCUGUUUGUUAAAGUUGUUAUGUUGUUUUAUAUUUCAUUAAAUUUGAAAAGAUUCUUCAAUUAUUUAAUUUCAUUUUAAAAAGCAAGGUAGGUAGGAUAAGAAGAGGUACCUUCUUGUUAUAGUUUUUUUCUUUGAGGAUUGUUAGACAUUUUUAGAUUUUCUGUCUGAUUACCAGUUUUUGUAGUACUGAAAAAAAGUUUAAUUUUUAAUUUUUAACAUUCUACAUUUCUAAAUAUAAAGGAGGGGUCAUCAAUAACCAUAAAUUACUGGUAUGAAAAACAAGAUGCCAUAACAUGCCCCUCUAAUGUGUUUGUUUGCAUUUGAGCUCAGCCACCCCAGCUGGUUUUGUCAAGUGAAGCACAUUCUUGUGACAGAUGUUAGGGAUGUUAUGCCUAACCUGUCUACUCUACACGCCUGUGGAGUUUUUCUGAGAGAUGAUUUGAUGGCUAACACUCACUCAGUAGGAAUUAAACUUGAAAAAGGCUUGUGUACAUUAUAACUUCAGUAUUUAUGUAAACUGGUCUACGAUCUCUAAUGUGGAUUCUUGACUGCAUCUGAGCUUUUUGUAAGGUCAAGGUCACUAGAAGUCAAAUUAUGAAGCAUAGUUCAAAUUUCCCCAAAUUUCAUGAAAAAUCAAAACAUUUUCUAAUCAUUCAUGAUUGACGCUCAAUAAUUACCUCAAUACCUGUCAUAUGUUAUUAUGUGUCAAGGUGAUUUACUAAUGAAAUGACAUAAAUAGUACAGGAAUUAGUGUUAUGAUGGUAUGGAGAUGUAAUAUUUGUAACACCUUAUUAGUUUGCUUUAACAAAUUUUCUUGCAUGUAAUGGCAGAUGUCCCCAAAAGCUUGUGAAUAAGUUUUAUCUUGGGCAUAUUUUAUUAUAAUUUGAACUUUAUAUACAUGAUCUCAGGCAGUUCUUUGCCAAAAUGCCAAGGUCAAAGUCAUUAAACUUAAUGUGGUUAUAGCCUUGUUGACAAAAGAUAGUCUUCUGUUUCAAAGUUGUACAUCAUGUGGAAAGUCAUCUGGUUAUGUCAAUAUGGUUCUUGAUACCUGUCUUUUAUUUGGAUUGUUUGGGAUAUUCAGAGAAAA